AUGUUAAACAGUACACGUCUGUGGGUUUUUGUUUUAGUUGGCAUUACUAUUUUAGCAUCUAUUGUAUAUUUAUUACCAAGUUACAGUCAACCCACAAACAAUUAUUCAAAAACAGAUAUAAUUCAUACACCAACACCAACACAAACACAAAUACAAACCCAAACACCAACAGAAACUCCAACAGAAACUCCAACAGAAACUCCAACAGAAACUCCAACAGAAACUCAAACACCAAAACCAACAACAACACCAGCACUAACAACAACACCAGAACAAACAAAAAAAAUUAUAGUUGGAGAUUUAGGUCAUGAAAGAGAUUUCCCACUUGAUAUGAAAAACUUCCCAUGGGAGGAAUUUAAAGCAGCAGCAAGAACUGGUAAAACUGAAAAUACAGAUAAAUAUUCACAAAUGUUGAUUUUAACAUUAGCAAAAUAUUUGAUUGAGCCACCAUUAGUACCAAUUAAUGAAUCAUGUAAACCUGAACCAUUACCAACUCCUAGUGAUGAUGUUUGUGGGAAAUAUCCAGAGGUAUUCUCAGGUAAACGUGAUAAACCUGUUAAAAUCGGACACUUGGUACAAAUUGGUUUCGAUGUUGAUGUUUUAGAAAUUCAUUUAAAUGAGUUAUACGAUAUUGUAGAUCAUUUCUUUAUAAUAGAGUCAACAGUAACACAUUAUCAUAGGAUGUUGAAACCAUUGAUUUGGGAACAUGUUAAAUUUCAAGAUCGUUUCAUUAAAUUUCAAGAUAAAGUGGUGCAUUUGAUUUUAGAUGAUACUGAUGAAGAGAAUGGUAAAGAUAUGUUUGAUGCUGAAAGGUAUCAGGAAACCCGUCGUUGGGAGAAAUUCUUAGACUGGAAUAAAAGAACGAAUCUAUAUGGUGAUGAGGACAUUAUCGGGUUUGGCGAUACCGAUGAGAUCAGUGCAAGAAUUAAUUUACAUUUAUUAAAGAAUUGUCAAAUUAAAGAUAUCUAUGCUGUAGAUAUUGGCGUUUGGUUCCCGUACGGUCCAAUUGACCAAGUCUUCAGACCGGGUUACCCAGUACCAGGCAAUCCAUACACACUCGGUGAUCCAACUUAUUACACAUUGAAAAAGGCAAAAGCAAAACCAAAAUCUGACCCACCAUCUAGAAAUCGUGGUACCUCAGGUCACUAUAUGUUGGGUGGAAUGCAUAUGUCUCAUUAUGGUUAUUUACCAUUCCAAAUGGUGAAAUAUUUAUCAUGUACUGAAUGUGGUAUAACAAGAGAGGAUCAAAUUACAAAUUUUUCAGAUGAUAUUCUAAAUGGUAAAAUCCAAGAAUUAGAACUUCGUCUAGGAAAAACAAAAUCUGAUCAUGUUCAUAAAAUUUCAAAAUUAAGUAGUAUGGAUGAUUUCUUUAAAAAAGAAGUCGCAAUUUUACCAUGGUUUUAUAAUUGUAAUCGUAAUCGUUACCCUGUUUGGGAAAGAAAAAAUGAUCCAAGAUUAUUUUAA